AUGUCGUCCUCGGGCUCGGAAUGCCUGAACGACCACUCCCUCGGGCCCAAUGUCUUGGGGUGCCGGGGAGACUUUGACUUUACUCUUGCCUUUGAGAAGCUGUUCCUCUCUAUUUUGCCCGCCACCGUCUUCAUCCCGCUAUGCGCCGCGCGCCUGGCGUACCUCCUCCCGCGACCGCGCAUCGUCGGGGGCCGACUUUUCCAAAACAUAAAACUGGCCCUCGUCACCAUCUACGCCACUCUCCAACUCGCCAUCCUCAUCCUCCCUCGCCCUCCUCCCCUCUCCUACGCCGAACACUCCCGCUCCCCGCGGCCCUCCAUGCUCCUCGCCGCCUACGUCUUCCUCACCCUCCUCUUCGACAUCGCCCGCGUCCGCACCUCUUGGCUCGUCGCCCGCGACGACCACGCCUCCCGCGGCUUCGUGCUCACCCGCCUACUCACCUCCUCCAUCGCCCUCAAGGCCUUCAUCCUCUUCCUCGAAGCCCAGACCAAGCGGCGAUGGCUCAGCUGGAACGCCGCCCUCCACAGCCCCGAGGAGAUGAACGGCCUCUUCGGCCUCGGCGCCUUUGCCUGGCUCAACCGCCUCUUCCUGCGCGGCUACGGCUCCAUCCUCACCCUCCGCGACCUCUACCCCUCGACUCCACCAUGGCCGCCCGCGCCGUCUACCCCGCCCUCCAGGAACGCAUCCGCACCCACGGCUUCCACGGCAAGAAAUUCGGCCUCUUCAAAGCCGUCUGCCGCGCCCUCCUCCCCCGCGGCCGACGGCGGCGGCCCGGAGGAGACCCGCCAGCACCGCAGCAUCGGCUUCGGGCUCAUCGGCGCCGCCGUCCUCGUCUACACCGGCGUCGCCAUCACCACCGGCUUCUUCCACUACUACCGCCACCGCGUCCUCUACAUGGUCCGCGCCUGCCUCGUGUCCGCCAUCUACGACAAGACUGUCGAGUCCAAGGCCACCGCCAUCGCCGGCGACGCCGCCGCCGUCACCCUCAUGAGCACCGACAUUGACCGCAUCAUCAAGGGGUUUCAGGCCAUCCACGACGUCUGGGGCUCCGUCGUCGAGAUCGCCAUCGGCUCCUGGCUCCUGUACCGCCAGAUCGGCGCCGCCUUCGUCGCCCCCAUCGUCACCAUCGCCGUCUGCGCCUGCGGCAUCGCCUGGACCCGCGUCGGCCUCACCGCCAGCGCCCUGGCCUCCCUCAAGGGGCUCAAGAUCGCCGGCCUCGCCGACCACGUGUACGACCUCAUCAAGUCCCUGCGCGCGGCGGAAAUCGGCGCCGGAAACCAGUGGCGCAUGCUCGCCAUCUUCGGCGCCAUCUUUGGCAUCGCCCCCGGUUCCCUGGCCCCCGUCUUCACCUUUGCCGUCACCUCGCGCGAGCUCGACACCACCACCAUGUACGCCGCCAUGUCCUACAUCAUCCUCGUUGCGGGACCCCUCGGCCUGCUCUUCCAGUACCUCCCUAGCCUCGUAGCAGCCUUUGCCUGCAUGGAGCGCAUUCAGGAAUUCCUCGAGCAAGACCCGCGCGUCGACUACCGCAAGUUCGCGCUCACCUCCGGAUCCACGGCAACCUCGGCCAAGGAGCCGACGGAAAAGUCGUCUACGGUCGAAGGCGACGGCAGCCACCCCACCGCCAGCACCGAAAAGGCGCGAAUAUUAAUGGCGGAGAGGGGCCCUUCUUCCCCGCCGCUCGUAGGAUCCACCGCGACCCCCUCCAUCGUCGACCUACCGACGGUGGCCGCCAAGCUCUCCAACUGCAGCUUCGGCUGGACCGCCGACAAGAUGUCCCUCCGCAACAUCUCCACCACCAUCCGCACCGGCGAGCUCACCAUCGUCGUCGGCCCCGUCGCCUCCGGCAAAUCCACCCUCUGCCUCGCCCUCCUCGGCGAAGUACCCCAUUCCACCGGCGACCUCAAGCUCUACGCCUGCCCCGACGCCAUCGCCUACUGCGACCAGGUCCCCUUCCUCCUCAACGCCACCCUCAAGGACAACAUCGUCGGCCACGGCGAGUUCGACCAGGACAAGUACGACGCCAUCGUCGAAGCCACCAUGCUCCGUCCCGACAUCGCCCUCAUGCCCGCCGGCCACGACACCAAGGUCGGCACCAACGGCAUCAUGCUGAGCGGCGGCCAGAAGCAGCGCUUGUCCCUGGCCCGCGCCUUGUACCUUGAGUCGCCCUUUGGCAUCUUUGACGAUAUCCUGAGCGGGCUUGACGCCGACACGGAGACCCACGUCUUCAACCACGUUUUCGGCCCCGAGGGACCCGAAGGCACGCUUGUUGAAGAAGGGCGCUUUGAGGAUUUACUGGUCAACGGGUUGUACGUCGGUAACCUCGGAGUGCAACUCUCGGACUCGGACUCGGCCUCCCACAGGUCGGGGACCCACAUCAGGGACAGCACGUCGGACAUGGGCCCGCCAUCACCUAAGACCCGAGCUCACAAACAAGCCCCCACCCCCGCCAAGGAACAGGCCCUGGAACAAGACCUCAACAAAGCCCGUCAGAUGGGCGAUUGGAAAGUAUACAGACACUACUUCCAAGCCAUGAGCUGGGUCAACAUCGUCGUAGCCAUCCUCUCAGGCCUCAUCUUCGCCUUUGGCGAGGAUUUCGCUACCAUCUGGAUCGGAUACUGGGCCGAGGACCGCUUCGACCGCUCCCGCGCCUUCUACACCGGUAUCUUCGCCUUACUUCGCGGCAGCCAGCUCGUCUGCAUCCUCGCCAUCGGUCUCGCCAUUCUCAUCUCGCACGUCACUCUAUCCGGGACCAGGCUGCACAACAAUGCCCUGCGCACCGUCGUCACCGCCCCGCUCUCCUUCCUCACCAAUACCGACAUCGGGGUCGUCACCAACCUCUUUUCCCAGGACAUGACCCUCAUCGACGGCGAGCUCCCCAUGGCGCUUCUCAACAUGUGUACCGAGCCGGCUUGCGUUAUCGGCACGGCCAUAGUCAUUGCCGUGGCUACGCCCUAUCUCGCUGCUGGCUACCCCGUUCUUAUUCUAGUACUGUACUUUUUGCAAAAGUUUUAUCUUCGCACCUCUCGGCAGAUGAGAAUCCUUGAUCUCGAGGCGAAGAGUCCUCUGUACUCCCAUUUCAUCGACACCCUCAAGGGAAUCGCAACAAUUCGCGCCUUCGGGUGGACCAUCCAAAAUGUCCGCCGCAACGAGUAUCUCCUGAACGAGUCUCAGCGGCCCGCGUAUCUGCUAGUCAUGAUUCAGCAAUGGCUCUCCUUUGUCUUGCAGAUGAUUGUCGCCGGUAUUGCCAUUCUCCUGGUAUCCCUCGCGACCCAAGUAACUGCCUCGGCCACCUUCACCGGCGCCUCGCUCAUCGUGCUCAUGACCUUUGGCGAGGUUCUCACGUUUUUGAUCAUUAUUUACACGAGUCUGGAAACCUCCAUCGGAGCUGUAGCGAGGCUGAAGACCUUUAGCGACACGGUCAAGCCCGAGGACCUCCUUGGCGAAGAUAUCGAGCUUCCCGAAGAAUGGCCCUCCAGAGGCCACAUUGAAAUUAAUGACGUGUCUGCCUCUUAUGGCCCUAAGCCCCAAGAUGGUCUUACGCCCAUGUCGGAAAAGCACAGCGAGGAGGAGCCUGCUCUCGCACUAUCAGAGAUCACGAUUUCAAUUCAACCUGGAGAGAAGAUUGCCAUUUGCGGGCGUACAGGAAGUGCGCCCAAAACAUCAUCAUCGACCAAAUCCCCUCCACCGCGUUUCCCGCCCCUCCUACGGCAGCGCCUCAUCGCCGUCCCCCAGGACCCCGUCUUCCUCCCCGGCGGCAACACGAUCCGCGCCAACCUGGACCCGGCCAACGCCGCGGCAUCCGACGAAGAGCGCCUAGACGUCCUCCGCGCCGUGCAGCUCGAGGCCUUUGUCAGCGGCAUGAGCGAAGAGGGGCUCGGCGGCGAGAUGAAGGCCGAGUCGCUGAGCAGCGGGCAAAAGCAGCUCUUUAGCCUGGCUCGCGCCGUCUUGCGCAAGAGAGUGAGAGAGGGCCGCGGCGUGCGCGGAGGCGUCCUUCUCCUGGACGAGGUCAGCUCGAGCGUCGAUAAGAAGACGGACAGGUUGAUGCAGGAGGUCAUCAAGCGCGAGUUCGAGGCGUACACGAUUGUCAUGAUAUCGCACCGGCUCGAAAUCGUGAGGGACUUUUUCGACACGGUUGCCGUGUUGGACCAGGGUCGCCUCGUGGAGGUUGGAGCGCCCAACGCGCUCGUCGCCCAAGAGGAGUAG